CACUUGGCAGACAUCUUCAGCUGAAACAUGGUAGCUCGAUUGGCUUUACCUCCACCUCCUCCGUCAGUCGAUGGAGCCGGCUCAAAGUUCCUAACGUCUUCCGUAAAUGGUCAACCAGUUUCGUUUGAAUCUACUGCAACCGAACCGAACCGUUCCACCGAAUCUGACAUUCGUAUUUGUGAUGGAUCCGGAUACAAUUCCCCAAGAUCCACCGGGAGUAAAACGUGGGCUUGUUCUACGGCUAGGGGAAGAUGCAUGCCAGUGUGGUUGACGACGCUGCAACUGCGCUGUGGUGAGAAUCGAGGAAGUUUGCGAAAAACCUGUAUUGGAAAUACCGUUUUCGGUCUCAUUUGUUCACCGGAUUGCACUAAAAUUUAGCAACUGCGGGCAGCUGCUGUGUUGUCGAUAAAGAUCACCGUAAAUAAGCACGACAUGGGAACUGGGAUGAAAUCCCUGGAAGCCGUUGCCACCAUAGAAAAUUUCGGCAAAAUGAAAUGGCCCGCGGCAAAGCGGAUCUAAAUAAUGCUGUUCUACGCCUUCAUCAGCGUUGUCCAGGCGGUAAGUUUUCAAUCAAUUUUAAGUAGCGAUCAGCAACCCGCAGUUUACUUUCUUCAGGCUUCAAAGCUUGCUUUUCGCCUUACAACAUUUUAAUGCGACCCGCAAAGAUCAAAUGGAAAUAUUUGAGAAAAAAAAUAGAAAUAUCUAAAGGAAACUAGAUAGGACUGUUAUUUUUUAGAGUGAGAGUAUGAUUGCAGAUGCAAAGAGAAAAAAAGCUGCGAGAAGAUACAAAGAUGGUAUA